CUUGUUCCUCAGGUGGACUCUCACUACUGCCCCAGCUGCCUGGAGAACAUGCCAUCAGCUGAAGCCAAGCUGAAAAAGAACAGGUGUGCCAACUGCUUUGACUGCCCCUGCUGCAUGCACACCCUGUCCACCCGGGCCACGAGCAUCCCUGCUCCACUCCCUGAUGACCCAGCCAAGACUACCAUGAAGAAAGCCUACUACUUGGCCUGUGGAUUUUGCCGUUGGACUUCCCGGGAUGUGGGCAUGGCAGACAAGUCAGUUGCUAGUGGUGGCUGGCAGGAGCCUGAGAAUCCUCACACACAGAGGAUUAACAAACUGGUUGAGUACUACCAGCAGAUGGCUCAGAAGGAGAAGAUCGAGAGGGACCGGAAGAAGCUGGUGCGACGCAGGAAUUACAUGCCCCUGGCCUUUUCACAACACACUAUACACGUAGUGGACAAAUAUGGCCUUGGAACCAGGCUGCAACGCCAGAGACCUGGAGCACCCAUCAGUGCCCUUGCUGGACUCUCGCUGAAAGAAGGAGAGGACCAGAAGGAGAUCAAGAUUGAGCCAGCUGAUGCAGUGGAAGAAGUGGAACCUCUUCCUGAGGAUUACUACACAAGACCAAUCAAUCUGACAGAAGUGACGACCCUGCGCCAGCGCCUGCUGCAGCCCGACUUCCAGCCCAUCUGUGCCUCCCAGCUCUACCCACGGCACAAGCACCUCCUGAUCAAACGCUCCCUGCGCUGUCGGAAGUGUGAACACAACCUGAGCAAACCAGAAUUCAAUCCAACAUCUAUCAAAUUCAAGAUCCAACUGGUUGCUGUUAACUAUAUCCCUGAAGUGAGGAUCAUGUCUAUUCCCAACCUGCGCUACAUGAAGGAGAGCCAGGUCCUUUUGACUCUGACCAAUCCAGUGGAGAACAUCACACACGUCACACUGCUGGAGUGUGAGGAGGGAGACCCAGACAACAUCAACAGCACUGCCAAGGUUGCUGUUCCUCCCAAGGAGCUUAUUCUGGCUGGCAAAGAUGCUGCAGCAGAAUAUGAUGAACUGGCAGAGCCUCAAGACUUCCAGGAUGACCCUGAUGUUAUUGCCUUCAGAAAAGCCAACAAGGUAGGAGUUUUCAUCAAGGUCACCCCGCAGAAAGAAGAGGGCGAAGUGACCGUGAGUUUCAAGAUGAAGCACGAGUUUAAAAACCUGGCUGCUCCAAUCCGGCCCAACGAGGAGGGAGACCACACCUCUGAGGUCAUCUGGCUCACCCACCACGUGGAGCUUAGCCUGGGCCCGGUGCUCCCCUAA